CGCGGAACUCUCAGCCCAGCUCUUGUUCCGCCGAGAUUCGUGCCCCCGCCCCCAACUGCUCGGGGUUCUGCACCUUCUGCGGGCAACUCGGCCCCUGAGAGGGACCAAGAGCCCAGGAAAAAGUGUGGUGAUUUGGUCUUGUAAGGUGCUAGGAUUUGGUGCUAUGGAGAAAUUUUUGGUUGAAUACAAGAGUGCAGUUGAGAAGAAACUGGCUGAGUACAAAUGUAACACCAACACAGCAAUUGAACUAAAAUUAGUUCGUUUUCCUGAAGAUCUUGAGAAUGACAUUAGAACUUUCUUUCCUGAGUAUACCCAUCAACUCUUUGGGGAUGAUGAAACUGCUUUUGGUUACAAGGGUCUGAAGAUCUUGUUAUAUUAUAUUGCUGGUAGCCUAUCAACAAUGUUCCGUGUUGAAUAUGCAUCUAAAGUUGAUGAGAACUUUGACUGUGUAGAGGCAGAUGAUGUUGAGGGCAAAAUUAGACAAAUCAUUCCACCUGGAUUUUGCACAAACACAAAUGAUUUUCUUUCGCUGCUGGAAAAAGAAGCUGAUUUCAAGCCAUUUGGAACCUUACUUCACACAUACUCUGUUCUCAGUCCAACAGGAGGAGAAAACUUUACCUUUCAGAUUUAUAAGGCUGACAUGACAUGUAGAGGCUUUCGAGAAUAUCAUGAAAGGCUUCAGACCUUUUUGAUGUGGUUUAUUGAAACUGCUAGCUUUAUUGACGUGGAUGAUGAAAGAUGGCACUACUUUCUAGUAUUUGAGAAGUAUAAUAAGGAUGGAGCUACACUCUUUGCGACCGUAGGCUACAUGACAGUCUAUAAUUACUAUGUGUACCCAGACAAAACCCGGCCACGUGUAAGUCAAAUGCUGAUAUUGACUCCAUUUCAAGGUCAAGGCCAUGGUGCUCAACUUCUUGAAACAGUUCAUAGAUACUACAUUGCAUCUCCUUCUGUUCUUGAUAUUACAGCGGAAGAUCCAUCCAAAAGCUAUGUGAAGUUGAGAGACUUUGUGCUUGUGAAGUUUUGUCAAGAUUUGCCCUGUUUUUCCCGGGAAAAGUUAAUGCAAGGAUUCAAUGAAGAUAUGGCAAUAGAGGCUCAACAGAAGUUCAAAAUAAAUAAGCAACAUGCUAGACGGGUUUAUGAAAUUCUUCGACUACUGGUAACUGACAUGAGUGAUGCUGAACAAUACAGAAGCUAUAGACUGGAUAUUAAAAGAAGACUAAUUAGCCCGUAUAAGAAAAAACAGAGAGACCUUGCUAAAAUGAGAAAAUGUCUCAGACCGGAAGAACUGACAAACCAGAUGAACCAGAUAGAAAUAAAUAUGCAACAUGAACAGCUGGAAGAAAGCUUUCAGGAACUUGUGGAAGAUUAUCGACGUGUCAUUGAACGCCUCGCUCAAGAGUAGAGGUUAUACUUCUCUGUACAGAAAGUUUGCAGAUUUCUGUACAUGUGUUGUGAAAAUCAGAUGAUGACUUUAAUUUUAAAAAAUCUUGUAACAUUUUGCUUACAUUAAAAGUUAUCUAUCUUUAGUUGAAUAUUUUCUUUUGGAGAGAUUGUAUAUUUUAAAAUACUGUUUAGAGUUUAUGAGCAUAUAUUACAUUUAAAAAGAUAUAGCUUCUGAAAUACCACUGCAAUUACUUCCCUUCUUAAAUAGUGUAAUAAAUGCUUAGUUAUGAUA